AUGCCUUCGAAUAUUUCUCUUCUUCAUUUAUCGAUAAGUAAACUAGUAUCACAAUCACCUAUGUUUACUCACGGAUUCCAUAAUUUAGAUAUUCGUCAUUCUUCUUUUUCAUCAUUUUCUUCAAAAUUAAUACAUUCAUCUUCUUUUUUCAAUAUAAAUCUCAAAAACACAUAUCUCACGAAUUUUACAACUACUGCAAUACAAUCAGACAAAAAGAUAUACAACUCACAGAUUUUUACUUCUCCUUUAGAAGCACGAACUAAAUCAUUAUCAAUAUCGAACUGCAGAUUCGUCAAUGUCCAGUCUUCAUCCGGCUGCAUCGUUUAUAAUGACAACAGCGGAAGUCUUGCACUUUAUUCAACUUCUUUUUCAAACUGCCAUUCUAUUGACGGUCCAGUAACACUCUACACAGUUACAUCUACAUAUUCUAUUGAAUAUUGCUGCUUCCUUGAUUGUUCUUCCACUACUUCAACAAAAACAAAUAUUCUUACACAGUUUUCGAAUAGUGGCAAGCUUAGUUCGGUCUCAUUCUACAACUGCGAAUGCAAAGCGAGUUCUAGUGCCGGAAUUUACAUUAAAACAGACUCAUUCAGGUCAAAUAUGUUAAAUAUCUCAAAGUUUACAACAAUUGGGACCUGUCUUUUUAUCAUGUCAAAGAAUUCAGACAUUUCUAACGAUGAUGAAAUACAUACAGCCAUUUUUGAUACUGUAAAAAGCAAAUAUACUCUUGGAAUCUAUAAUUUUACAAGUUUUAAAGUUACACAGACGAGAUUCGAAAAUAAUACAGCUCAGUUUAUAAUGGAUGUUGCUUUAAACACUCUUGUUCAAGUUUCAUUUAGCGAAUUUUAUUUAUUAGACGCUAAACUAUUACAUGGCUCUAACUCGAGCAUAGUAUUCAACAACUGUAACUUUGACAAGACAUUUACAUUCAUAGAAGGACUUCCUCUUAAAAAUUGUAAAUUUAAUUACGAAGGAAAGAAAUUAUUCGAAAAAUUACCGGAUUAUCAAGAUAAAUGCUGGAGUACUAUACAGAAUGACCCAAGUUCUAGGGAUAGAGUUUCAGCAGGAAAAGUAUUUAAUAUAAUUAUUUUGUUGAUUGUGUUUGUUGUUGCUAUAUUAUGUGCUAUUCGUUAUAUUAGAAUUAACUAUUUCGAGGAUCACGCUGGCAGAGACGUUUUAGAGCGUUUGAACGUUUUUGAGGGUGAAGAAAACCCAGAAAUCAAAAUGAUGCUCAUGGAUAUAAAGAAUGGAAGGACUCCUGAUAAAGGAAAGGAUAAUACUGAAACAGAUGUUCUUAAAAUCGAUGUUGAUGAAGAUGAAAUCGCAAAACAAGUGUAA